GUCAAAUUUAAUAAUGUAUCUGUAAAUUUGUCGUCCCCACAAAAAAACAAUGCCCAACUCCAGCUUCAUGGGCACCAUUAAGAAAAAUUACCACAGCAUGAUCAGCCUAUUCUCCAAAAACGAACAGAGGGUUCCUCAAAGGGCGAAUGCCUUUAAUAUGAAACGCAACCGAAGAACCACUUCGCUGACCCCAAAGGAAUUGGUUGUCCUUGGUGGAGAAACCAACAAAGGCUCAGACUUAAAACAAAGGUCUGGAACAUCUCAAAAAAGUUCAAUUCCUACAGAGUAUAAAGCGCAAAACAUAGCAAACCUUUGUGAUGUAAUUCGAAUAGACUUGGAGCAAAUCAGCGAUGAGUUGUUUUUCGAGACCAAGUGGAAAAUAUUGGAUGUGCUGCGGGACGCACAGCUGAAACAGCUGCAGGACAAGUUGCAAAACAAAACGGACGAAUCAAAUUGCACAUGCCUGUGAAGAUAUU